GGCAUUGGUGCAACAGCCCCUUGUCCAGCACAGCACUGCUCCCAGCUCCCAGGAUGGAAGCUUGCCUCUCUCCAGAGCAAUUCAAUGUCACUGCAUACGCUGCCACAGCUGUGGCCAUUGUCACCUUUGAGGCGUUUGCUGGCAUGUGGAUAAAUGCUUUCAUUGUUUCUGUGAUUUUUGUGGCCUGGAUCAAAAGGAAAACCUUGAACUCUAAUGAGAAGAUCUUGCUGGUUUUGGGAUCCUCCAGGUUUUGGUAUUUGUUCAUUGCAUGGGUAUAUUUCUUUCUUUCAAUAAUUUAUCCCCAUUUCCUGUAUGUUCACCCCACACUUCAACUAGUUGUAUCUCUUCAAAGCUUGUUAAAUUAUUCCAACAUAUGGGUUUCAGCCUGUCUUUGUGGUUUUUAUUGUAUAAAAAUUGCUAAUUUCAGGAACAGCUUCUUCAUCUACCUGAAAGGAAAAAUUGACAGGAUUGUGCCCUGCCUCUUGUUGGGGUCAGUGUUUUUCUCCCUGGUUAUUGGAAUCAUUGUCUACUAUGUCAUUGAUAAAGCUUUCUGUAAAAACCUCAAUUUCAAUUGCCAAGGAUGUAUUUGGAAAGCAAGUAUCAGAAUAGAAGAACAUUUUUUCCCCAUUUAUUUUAUCACUGGCUUUGGAUUUGUCACUUCAUUCAUGGCAGUCACCUUUUCUGCCCUUCUCCUUCUCUUUUCUCUCUGGAGACACAAACGCAACAUGCAGACAAACUCCAUGAAGGACCUCAGCAUGGAUACCCACAUCAAAGCCAUGAAAUCUAUUCUCUCCUUUUUAGUAAUGUACAGCAUCAACUUUGUAUUUUUGAUCUUGACACUGAUUUAUGCAAUUAGCAGCCAAAAUCACACACAUUUCCUUAUUUCUGUAUUUCUGUAUGCUUUUCCAGGUUUUCAUUCCAUUAUUUUGAUUUUCAGCAAUCCCAAAUUGAAAAAGACAUUGCUAAGGAUUGUGCCCUGUGUGAAUGCAAGGUUUGCAUGAAGUAGGAACUGUUGGAAGAGUCAUUAAAUCUCUUAUGCAAACUCUCCAUGUUGUGUGGAAGGGAAAGAUAUUCUCUCUUUAUCACUGAAGUCAAGAGUAUAACAUUCAGAUACUUUGACUGAAAUUAGAAUAAGCAAAAGAAAUUUUUAUUAUCCUUAAAUUUAGGUAUUUUUUUGAGCAAAGCUCUUGUCAAUAAUAAAGUCUUUUAGACCUUAUACAUGUGAUUUGGUUGCAAAAGGGCAAUAACAAUAUGCAAAUGGUGAGGAACUCGCUGAUUGAAACAACUGAACUAAACCACAGGUUUAUCUCUAUUUUGGUUAACAGUUCUUUCUUCUCUGGUUCCCUUCUUUGUAACAUUAUCAGCUGUAUCACUGUCUGUCUGAGAGUGCAGGUGGGGUGGGUGCACCUUGAAGGACUGCAGCCUAAGGAGACCCCACACUGGACCCGGCUUAUCCUGAAGGACUGCAGCCCAGGAGUGGGAUCCACACUUGAGCAGGGGAAGAGCGUGAGGAGGAACGAGUGGAGGAGAAAACUCAUUAUGAACUGAUUACAGUCCUCAUUCCCUGUCCUCCUGUGCUGCUGAAGAAAUGGCAGUGGAGAAGCCAGGAAUGCAGGAGUGAAUUUUGGAUGUGAAGAAUAAGAAGAAUGGGGGAAGGGAAGGGGUUCAAGAUUUGUGCGUCUUCCUCCUCACCCUACUCUGUCUU